GAAAAAAAUAGGGGACACAGAAAUAAUCUCAAAUUUAAAAAAUGUUGAUAAUUUUUACUGUAAUGGUAAAAAUGAUUGUUUCACUAAUUUUCACACAUUUAUACCAAUUGAAGAUCUGGACGUAGCAAGAGAUUCACUUGCUGAUGAAUUACCUGACAAAAUUACUCCAUUACUCAAAUGGUUCGAAAAACCAUUAUUAUGUAGAAAGACAAAUUCAAAGAAAAGUGGGUCGUCAUCACUACAAUUUCCUCCAGAAAUCUGGAAUGUAUAUCAACGGGUGCUAACCUAUCGAAAUCGUGCGAACAACUAUGUUGAAGCUGCUAAUAGGCAUUUAAAUGUUCAAAUGUUUGUAACUAAUCUAACAAUAUGGUCGUUUGGAAACUUAUUAAAAAAAUACAGUCUGGAAGAGAUGUUUUUGAACAACUGGUUACUGGUGGAAGCCCACCUAAAAAAAAAAAAAGGAAACAUAUACAUUGAUAACGAUAAAAGAACUCUUAAAUCUAAUUAUGAUAAAAAUAAAAUAAUUUUGUUUUUAAAAGGACAUGCAAAUAAUGUUUCAUUAGGAUAA